AUGGCUCAAGAUACGAUCAAUACGAAUAUCCCUCUCUCGCGGGAAGGAGGUUCAACAUUGCUCCAACGGAGCUGUUACGAUUGUAGUCGCAGAAAGGUGCGGUGUAAUAAGGUAUUUCCGUGUGAAAACUGCGUGCGGCUUGGUGUUGAGUGUAAGUUUCCACCACCUGGUCGCAAGCUUCGGAAAACACCCAAAACAUCAUCGAACAAGGCCGAAUUGGUUUCCAGAUUGAGACUGCUAGAACAGCAAGUCGAGAAACUCGGCAGCAAGGGCAUUGCUGAAGAUGCCCCAGAACGGGACAAUGAUGACGGCUCGCCUGUGCGCUCAGGGCUGGUCAAGCACUGUCCGGGCGAUGGAGUAAAUGAACAGGCGAGAGAGGAGGGAGAAGAUGACUUUAAGACGAACAAAGCGACAUCUAGUACGCUGGAGGACCAAUUCGGACGCCUCGUCGUGGAUCGAAAUACUGGGACGAGCCGUUAUGUGAAUCAUCAGGUUUUGACGGACCUCGCAGAGCAGAUUAAAGAAGUUCGAGAUCUUUUUGAUUCGCCUGAAUCACCGACAUUGUCCGAGGAAGAAUAUUCCUCGCCAAUUUCAGCAGCAGCACACUCGGAAAUGUCAAGUCCUUUUAUAUUUGGCUACCAUUCUAUAGCCCAUUCACUCAGUAAUUAUCAUCCACCGCCUACCAUCAGCCAUCUACUUUUCAAUGUCUUCGAAGAAAAUGUGGCACCCAUAAUUUUGAUCAUCCAUAAGCCAAUGCUGAAAGAUCUACUCCAGACAGCGAGCACAAACUCCGAGGAUUUGGAUAAGGAGUCCGAGGCUUUGAUAUUUUCUAUUUAUUUCGCUGCAAUCAACAGCAUGCCACCAGAAGAAUGUCUUGCGCAGCUAGGGGCAGACCACACCACCUUGACCAAACAAUAUCGGUUCGCAGUCGAGCAAGCGCUAGUGCGAGCAGGAUUCCUUCAUACCCGCAAGCUGGUUGUGUUACAAGCAGCAGUCCUUUUCUUGAGCUGUGCCUGUAAUCCUCAAGAUGCACACUUUGUCUGGACCAUGAUCGCUGUGGUGACUCGUCUAGCCUUGAGCCUGGGCCUGCAUCGGGACAGCAGUCACUUCGGGUUAGGCCCGCUCGAGACAGAGAUGCGACGACGACUGUGGUGGUAUAUAUAUCUAUUGGAUGUACGAUCAUCCGACUCUCAAGCCACGAGCCCUCAAAUUCGGGAAGGAGACUACGAUACUCGAUUGCCGUUGAAUAUCAAUGACGGCGAUUUGUCGCCUGACAUGGUCGAGACCCCACCGGAACGAACUGGCUUUACAGAGAUGACCUUGACCUUGGUCAGGUGUGAAAUCCUCAUAUUGCAUCGUAAAUUGAUGCAAUUCAACAGUGUCGGAGUUGAUGCUGACGGACACACCACGAUGUUUCAGAAGCGCCUCCGCACGGUAGAAGAGUCCCGGCGGUCCCUUGACGAGCGAUAUCUCCAAUUUUGUGACCUCGAAAUCGCGAUCCAGUGGGUGACGGCAACACUGGGUCGCAUUGCUCUCGCGCGCUCGUGGCUUGUGUCGCAUUUCUCGUUCAUGAGCAUCGAAGGAUUCCAAUUCAAAGCAGACCUGUGGCCCGACCAAUGUAACCUCCUUAUUCUCACCGCGAUCGAGGUACUUGAAUUUGUUUACCUACUCGAAACACACGAAAAUACCAUGAAAUGGUGUUGGCUGUUCCAGGGCUACGUACAGUGGCAGGCGUUUACAUUUGUCUUGUCAGAGCUCUGCAUGCGCCCAAACUCCCCUUUGUCAGACCGGGCGUGGAUGGCCGUGGAUCGGGUUUAUGAACGAUGGAAUGGACCGAUGGGCAAUCGACUUGGGUUGAUGAUGCGACCGUUGGAGCGUCUUCGAAAUCGGGCUGCUGCAAUUCGUGAAACUACAGGAACUAUACCCGUUGCAAACGACUUGGACUUGGCCGGUGCGGGUCUUACAAUCAAUCCUAUGGAAGAAUUGCGUGGAGAUUUACUCGAUGUCGAUACAUUUUCAUGGACGUGGUGA